AUCUCAGCUCUGAGGCAAAAUGGGCUCCUGCAGGCUCUUGUGCAGGGAGCGAGGCAGCCCAAGGGCGCUGAGAUCAGCGAGGAGCUGCAGCAAGCCCGGGAGGAAUGGGAGGCCGUGGAAGAGAUGCAGUCAGGGCUGGGGGGGAUGUUGGCCAGUGCCACACCCCCGAUCUCCUUCAACGAGGCGCUGCAGUACUUCCAGACAGCCGACCUUUCCGAGUGCAGGGUUCCCUCCCUCUUCGGCCCCCCCCGGCUCCAGCCGCAGCUGCAGGGAGAGCGGGAGCUGGCUCUGGCCAUGGCGCAGUGUGAGUGUCCCCGGCACCGGCCCGGCCGUGGUGCCCUACGUGAAUCCUGCUGGUACCUUGGCACGGGAUGCCGGGAGGGGCUGGUUUUGGGAGGCCAGGGGGCCAUUUUUGGGAGGUUGAGGGGUGUUUUCUCUCUGCCAGGUGGUUUGGAUAACAACGAGAGGGUGCACGUGAGAAUCCUGCAGACCAUUUACAAGCAGCUAACCCGCUCCAGGCUGGGCUGCCCGCGCUACGGGAGGCACUGGGAAGAGCUUGGCUUUCAAGGUGCAGAUCCUGGGACAGACCUGCGAGGGACGGGGAUGCUGGGCUUGAUGCAGGUGCUGCACUUCGUCGUGGAUGCGCAGACGCUGCCUCUGGCCCGGGAGAUUUUCAAGCUGUCCCAGCACGAAACCCAG